CAAGAAAUCAGAGUAUGGGGAAGACUUCAGAACGAACAUAUUUUGCCUGUGCUCGGAUACGUAUACGGACAUGGUCAUUUACCUAGCCUUGUGUUUCCUUGGAUGGAGAAUGGGAGCUUAACCAACUUCUUGCGUGAACACGAGACCUUAGAGCGUGGUGAACGUUUUAGCUUGGUGGAAUCUCAAGUGAAAUUUUUAUCAGUGCAUUAUAUCGCAGUAGUUCAUGGUGAUCUAACAGGUGUGACACUAAUUAUCUCCCAUGUACUGGUGCGUCAGGAUAACAUUUUGGUUGACUCGCAGGGGCGUGCUUUUGUAACGGGCGUCGGGCUUUCCAAGAGGCUUAACGAGUUCGCGUCUAACCCAGAGUCUGGUUCGGGCGACAUCCGUUCGGCCACUAUUCGCUGGAUAGCUCCCGAGUUGGUCGAUGAUGAAGAGACCUUUCCCACUUCCAAAAGCGAUGUGUGGUCUUUUGGUUGCAACAUGAUUCAUGUACAUCAACUC